AUGCUUAAGCUUCUGCGACUGCCGGGCAUGUCUUCCAGGGUUCCUUCAGAGCCUUUAAUCGCUGUCAUCGGCGCCACAGGAACGGGCAAAUCUCAACUCGCCAUCGACCUCGCAGCUCACUUCAAUGGUGAAAUCAUCAAUGGUGAUGCCAUGCAGAUGUACAUGGGUCUGCCCAUCAUCACCAACCAAAUACCCGUUGAACUGCGGCAGGCCAUUCCGCAUCAUCUUCUUGGAUGCAUAGGGGUUGACCAGGAGCCAUGGCGCAUUAGCCAUUUUAAAAGGGAGUGUUUGCGCAUCAUUAAGGAGAUCAGGUCGAGGGGAAAGCUGCCUGUGCUAGUUGGCGGGACACAUUAUUACACGCAGGCUGUGCUAUUUAAGGAGUCUAUUCUGGAUCGGGGUGGGGAGGGGAAGAGCGAGAGCGAGAGCGAGAGCGAGGGUGACGGUGACGGUGACGGUGACGGUGACGGUGAGAAAGGGGAGAAUGUCAUGGCGGAGAAUACCGUUGAACCAUCGAAGACUACUCUGCGCUCGGAAGAUUUCCCUAUCCUUUACGAGUCACCAGAAGUGAUAUUACAAAAACUACGAGAAGUAGAUCCAGUAAUGGCGAGUCGCUGGCAUCCCAGGGACACGCGCAAGAUCCGCCGCUCACUAGAGAUUUACCUGCAAACCGGCAAGCCGGCAUCUGAGAUUUACCAGGAACAGCAGAGGCUCAAAGAUGCUGCCCGCAAAGCUCACAACAGCUUUGGACCAGAUUUACCAGAAGAAGCUUCUACUGCUGUCCCCUCCACAACAUCUACUGAAGCUGGCCAACUACGCUUCCCAACACUUCUAUUUUGGGUCCAUACUAAAGAUGAAGAACUCACCCACCGCCUCUCUCAGCGUGUGGAUAACAUGGCUGAUAAAGGCCUCGUGGCAGAAGCACAGUCACUAUUUAAUUACCUGAAUGAGAAGAAGGCACAAGGCGUUGAUAUUGACCGCACACGCGGCAUCUGGGUCUCAAUAGGAUUUAAGGAGCUGGAGCCAUAUUUUCGUGCCCUGUCUUCUUCUUCUUCUUCUUCUUCCUCUGUGAACGGCGGUUCGGGGAACGCUGCUGCCGUGACUGCUGUAGGCGCUACUACCCCGGAGCAACUCGAACGCUUAAAACAAACAUGCCUCGCAUCGAUAAAGACAGCUACUCGACAAUACUCCCGCCAGCAGAUUAAAUGGAUUAGGGGCCGGUUGUGGAAUGCACUGACAGAUGCACGUGCCACGCGGCAGUUAUACGUUCUCGACUCGACAGAUGUCACUUCCAAUGCGGAUGCGUGGGAUACUGCAGUGCGGAAACCCGCUGAGCGCGUUGUGGGGGCGUUUUUAGCGGGUGAUUCUGCGGGAUGUCCGGUUCCCUGGGAGCUUUCGGAGACUGCUAGGGAGAUUUUUGAGAGGGAACUGAAGAUUCUCGUUGGGGGAGCAGCGGAAGGGGGUGAAGGGGGAGGGAGGCAGAGGACAGUGUAUCGAUGUUCGACGUGCGAUGUGUGUGGGAUUACGGUGCAGUCGGAUGAGCAGUGGGAGAUGCAUGUGAAAGGGAGGAGGCAUAAGCGGGCGGUUAGGAGUGCUGAGGUGAGGAAGGAGAGGGAUGAGUAUUUUGAAAUGAGAAGGGAGGGCCGGUAA